AUGUUCCCAUGGCCACUGUGGCAUCGCUAUCUCCCAUUGCUAUCUCCCAUACCUAUCUCCAUCGCUAUCUCUCGUCCCUAUCUCCAUUGCUAUCUCCAUCGCUAUCUCCCAUCGCUAUCUCCAUCGUUCUCUCUAUCGCUGUCUCCAUCGCUAUCUCCAUCCCUACCUCCGUCGCUCUCUCCAUCCCUACCUCCAUCCCUAUCUCCAUCGCUCUCUCCAUCCCUAUCUCCAUC